AUGACCAAGGCCCCUUUCUCUGUGGAGUGGCUGUCCCAGAGCAGCCAGGCCCCCAAAAGUCCCACCCAGGGCACCCCGCACCGAGCAUCGCCUUCGCCUGCCGGCCGCCGACUCGCCUCAGGCUCCAGACCCGGACUGAGCGAACGGAGCAAGGAGAAGGGCGCCGGGAAAGGCGGCAGGAGCAGCAGGGAGCCUUCGGCAACACCCCCCGCUGCAGGUGCAGCGGGGCAACCACCAGAGGAGCGGGGCCGCGAGUGCUCGUGCCCCGAGGAGCCCAGGGGCGGCCGGCGGCUGCGCACGGCUUUCAGCGCCGAGCAGAUCAGCACCCUGGAGAGCUCCUUUCAGAGGCAUCGCUACUUGGGCGCCGCCGAGCGCCGCAAGCUGGCGGGCAGGAUGCGGCUCUCCGAGGUGCAGAUCAAGACCUGGUUUCAGAACCGCCGAAUGAAGCUCAAGAGGCAACUGCAAGAGUUGAGGCCGGAGCCUUUCUGCACUCCACCGCUCCCUUUCAGACCUCAGGUGUCCCUGCCAGUCACCUACAUGGCCCGGCCGCCACCUCUACCCGGGCAUGAGGCUGCCCCGGGGGGCUUUGCCUUGGCAGCGUUGCCAGCACCUGCCCUGGACAUCAGCAGUGCCUGCAGAGCACAGCCUGUGGGCUUUUGGGCAGCACCCUGCUUUGUAGGAUACAGGGAUCCCAGGGCUUUCUUGCUGAGUGUCUGACCCGCUGGUAUGGACCAUGACUAAGGAGAAUUUGCACUAAUAAUAACUAUACGUGGGCUGCCCCUGCCUGCAUCUGCCUGCUGGAGUUCUGGUGCAGAGCUGAGCAAGAUACUGAUCGGCGAUCCAGAUCAUGGACUUCAGGCCAAGCUGCCCAUCAAGUUCAAACAUAGUGGGGUAAAUGGUAGCAUAAAUGGAAUCACCUAACAAACCUUAACAUUUUUUCAGCUUUCAUCUGAAUUUGUCACAAGGAUUGCAGAACUACUUAUCCUGCCCUGAAAGAGCUCCUUCCCAUUAAAUGAAGCACAGUCCUUAUUCUCUAGAUCUGUCCUGGCCAUAGUAGAGAAAGAAUAAUCUUUCUUGUGUUGUACCUUGCAAUUUACUGAGGAUACAUACAAAAAGCAUGAAUUUCCCCCAUUUCCUUAUAUGGUUGUCCAAUCUCUCAGCUGCUUCCCGUAUGGCACUUCAGGAGGGGGCUGUGCUUUUAGCAAGAUAUGUAGAUAUAUCAGGAACUAGUUACCAGUAUUUACUACUGGGCCCACAAUGACAGCAGAAUUUGUAAUAGAGACCUUGAAAUAGCACGUAGAUACGCUUUUUAGGAUAUAAAAAGUGGCUUUCAUAUAAAUAUAUGAAAAUACCUCACCACAAUUUCAUGGGAGGCCUCAGUGGAUUAACAAGGGCCUACUGCAUAAAGCAGAUCUUGGAAAGAUCUUGAAUCUUGGGAUCCAGCCUUGCAACUUACUAGUGUCUCAGUAUCUUGCAUGUGCCUAAUGGGGUAUGAGGGUGAUUAUCAAAAGAAAUGCAACAUUUCAAAGCUAUUUUUCUCUAAAUGGCAGUAAAGUUUGUUACCAUUGUGCUGUGCACUUUUUGUUUGAAUAAUACUCCUGAUUUGAUGUCUGAAGAUUUUAUUAAAAUGGCCUGAUUUCAGGCUAGAGAAAGGGCUAUGAAAAAUGAUCUUUGAUUAUGUAAAUUGUUAUAAAUCUUUCAAAGCUGAUU